UUGAAUUAAGCGCCCAGUGAAAAGGGCCGGAGGGAGUACUACGCUGUCUCUCCUCAUAGCAGAGCCGAAUCUGAGCCCCAUCUCACUGCGUGUCAGUCAGUGGUGUGCGUUCUGUUCUGCCCUGCCGUCACACACACCAUGGCGCUCGGCCCCCAUGGCCGCGUCAGCUUGCUCCUCGCCUUUGCCGUGUCGCUCGCGUUCGUAUGCCCCGCCGACGGGGCCGUGAAGGAGCUGAAGGCCGGGUACUACGGCAAGACUUGCCCCGGCGCCGAGGAGACCGUCCGCGGCGUCAUGGCCCGCGCGCUCGCCCGCGAGCCUCGCGGCGUCGCCUCCGUCAUGCGCCUCCAGUUCCAUGACUGCUUCGUCAACGGAUGCGACGGGUCGGUGCUGAUGGACGCGACGCCGACGAUGGCGGGGGAAAAGGAGUCGCUGUCUAACAUCAACUCGAUCCGGUCGUUCGAGGUCGUCGACCAGAUCAAGGACGCGCUGGAGAAGCACUGCCCCGGCGUCGUCUCCUGCGCCGACAUCAUCGUCAUGGCCGCCCGCGACGCCGUUUUGCUGACGGGUGGACCCCAGUGGGACGUGAGGCUCGGGCGCGAGGACAGCCUGACGGCGAGCCGGAAGGCCUCCGACGACAUCAUGCCGAGCCCGCGCGCCAACGCCAGCGCGCUCAUCCGCCUCUUCGCCGGAUACAACCUCACCGUAAAAGACCUCGUCGCGCUCUCGGGCUCGCACUCCAUCGGCAAGGCCCGCUGCUUCUCCGUCGUCACCCGCCUCUACAACCAGUCGGGCUCCGGCCGGCCGGACCCCCACAUGGACCGGGCCUAUCGCGCCAGGAUGACCGCGCUCUGCCCCAAGGGCGGCGACGAGAACGUCACCGUCGGCAUGGACGCCACUCCCGUCGCCUUCGACAAUCAUUACUUCAAGGACCUCGUCCGCCGUCGAGGGUUCUUGAACUCUGACCAGACGCUCUUCUCCGACAACGCUAGGACCCGGCGGCUCGUGGGACGGUUCAGCAAGGACCAGAAUGCCUUCUUCAGGGCCUUCGCUGAAGGGAUGAUCAAGAUGGGCGAGCUCCAGAACCCCAACAAGGGAGAGAUACGGCGGAACUGUCGCGUCGCCAACGGUUCGCCGCGUGCGAUGGAGAAGCAGGACGUGACAUCCCGGGGUGUGCACUUCUGAUCACCGAGGUCUGAGAGGUCAGAAGUGCGUACAUAUAAUAAAGGUUUCAGAUCUAACUACCGAUUAUUGCUAAUUGUUGAGGAAUAAUAGAGACUUCAAUGCCUCUGCUGCAUCAAGGUUUGGUUCAUGGUUGGCUCUGCAAA